GCACCAGCCACUAGUAGUUGAUAAUGCUGAUGAUAACAGGGUCUCUAAGCUAAUAAUACUAGAGAAACAUAAACAUAUGUGUAUGGACCCCGGACUUUUCUGAAAGCUCAGUUGUCGAUGGACGCUUCGUUGGAGCUGUUGUGCCCCAGACUUUAAUAGGCACUUUACUUCUCACCUGGAACAGUGGAACUUUAUCGCAUCCCCAGUUGAGUGCUGUUCUAUCGCUUCGAAUCAAUAACCCCAUACACAACUUAAUUAGAGUAGCAAGGAUCUAUCUUCCGGCCAAAAUGUCUGCCACUCCACCCCCUCCUCCUUCUACUGCACCAGCUUCAUCAGGAAAGGGCCUUCACUCCAGGGCUUAUAAUAGACUAAUUGGAGCAUGUGACAAAUAUGUGCCCGCCAAGAUGCGACCCUUAUGGAUGCACCCAGCAGGUCCAAAGACCAUAUUCUUCUGGGGUCCUAUCGUUAAAUGGAGCCUCGUUAUCGCUGGUCUCAGUGAUUUGACGCGUCCUGCAGACACAAUUUCACCCAACGGAUGUCUGGCCCUUGGAGCAACGAACCUCAUAUGGACGCGCUAUUCCCUGGUUAUCAUUCCAAAGAACUACAGCUUGUUCGCUGUGAAUCUCUUUGUGAGUCUGACGCAGCUCUUCCAACUGGGUCGGGCCUACAACUACAGGUGGGAGCAGUCAAAGUUGGAGAAGACUGGCGAGACAAAAUUAGCCAUUGAAGCUAGUUUGUAAUAAAUCAAAAUGCAUUUCUGUAGAUUUUUUUGUAAAUAAAUAAAUCUUUUUUCUAGUCUGAA